UUGUCGGCGACUUAAAAAUCACGUCUGCAAAACUCGCGUUUCAAAUUGGAGCAGAACAGCAGAAGCCAAACACGGUCUUCUCAGGUGCCAACAAAAACGAAAGGGUUUAGUAAAAUCAAAACCACAGAGGAAAGGGUUUUUGGGUCUAGUUGUCUUCUUCUUCUCAUGGCCUUCUCGAGAAUUGCUCUUCUUUGCCAACGAUUCUCUAGACAACAACAACAACAACGCCAACUUCACAGACCAUUCACUACAAAGCUAGAUAACACCAGAUUUCUCUAUCCCAAUCAAUCCAAGCUUGCCCAAAACCUGAUUGCGAUCUUCACAAGACAACCUUUUUCCCCUGACGACCCUGAGCUAUUAAAACUCGCUCCAGAGCUCAACACCAAGGUAGUUGAAACAGUCUUGAAUGAAUUCAAAAGAUGGGGUUUGGCUUAUCUUUUCUUCAAUUGGGCUUCUAAACAGGAAGGUUAUAGAAACGAUAUGUAUGCUUACAAUGCCAUGGCUUCUAUCCUAUCACGUGCUCGACAAAAUGCCUCACUGACGGCUUUGGUUGGAGAUAUUCUGAAUUCUCGUUGUUUAAUGUCUCCCGGAGCGUUAGGGUUUUUUAUUCGGUGUUUGGGUAAUGCUGGGCUAGUGGAAGAAGCAAGUUCUGUUUUUGAUCGAGUUAGAGAGAUGGGUCUUUGUGUUCCUAAUGCUUAUACAUAUAACUGUUUGUUAGAAGCAAUUUCUAAGUCGAAUUCAAGCUCGGUUGAGUUGGUUGAGGCGAGGUUGAAGGAGAUGAGGGAUUGCGGUUUUCAUUUCGAUAAAUUUACUCUUACACCAGUUUUGCAGGUUUAUUGCAACAAUGGGAAGUCCGAGAGAGCUUUGAGUGUUUUUAAUGAGAUUCUUAGUAGAGGUUGGCUUGAUGAACAUAUUUCAACCAUCUUGGUUGUAUCAUUUUGUAAGUGGGGUCAGGUGGAUAAGGCCUUUGAGUUGAUUGAGAUGCUCGAAGAACGACAUAUUAGGUUGAACUAUAAGACAUUUUGUGUUUUGAUUCAUGGAUUUGUAAAGGAGUCUCGGAUUGAUAAAGCAUUUCAGUUGUUUGAGAAAAUGCGUCGGAUGGGUAUGAACCCUGAUAUUGCAUUGUAUGAUGUGUUGAUAGGAGGACUUUGCAAGCAUAAAGAUCUUGAGAUGGCUCUGAGUUUGUAUUUGGAGAUUAAGAGGUCGGGAAUCCCACCUGAUAGAGGAAUACUUGGGAAGCUAUUAUGUUCAUUUUCUGAAGAAAGUGAAUUAAGUCGGAUAACAAAAGUGAUCAUUGGAGACAUAGACACAAAAUCUGUGAUGCUUCUUUAUAAAUCUUUGUUGGAGGGGUUUAUUAGGAAUGAUUUGGUGCAUGAGGCUUACAAUUUUAUUCAGAACCUCAUGGGAAAUCAUGAGUCGGAUGGUAUGUCUGAGAUUGUGAAGCUUCUUAAGGAUCAAAAUAAAGCAAUCCUCCCAGAUUCAGAUUCUCUUAGCAUUGUGAUUGACUGCUUAGUCAAAGCUAACAAGGUGAAUAUGGCAGUGACCUUGUUACAUGAUAUUGUCCAGAAUGGUCUUAUUCCAAGUCUUAUGAUGUACAACAACAUAAUAGAGGGGAUGUGUAAAGAAGGAAGGUCGGAAGAAAGCUUGAAACUCUUAGCAGAAAUGAAGGAUGCCGGAGUUGAACCAAGUCAAUACACACUUAAUUGUAUUUAUGGUUGCUUGGCUGAACGAUGCGAUUUUGCAGGAGCAUUGGACCUGCUGAAAAAGAUGCGUUUUUAUGGAUUUGAGCCAUGGAUAAAGCAUACUACCUGUCUUGUCAAAAAACUUUGCGAGAAUGGAAAGGCUGUUGAUGCUUGCAAAUACAUUGAUGAUGUAGCUGGAGAAGGUUUCCUUCGUCACAUGGUUUCCUAUACUGCUGCAAUUGAGGGUCUCAUAAGAAAUGAGGGAGUAGAUAGAGGUUUAGAGUUAUUCCGAGACACAUGUGCCAAUGGUCACUGCCCUGAUGUGAUUGCAUAUCAUGUAUUGAUAAAGGCUCUAUGUAAAGCGUGUCGAACUACGGAAGCUGAUAACCUGUUUAACGAAAUGGUAUCAAAAGGACUAAAACCUUCUGUUGCUACUUAUAACAGUAUGAUAGAUGGAUGGUGCAAGGAAGGUGAGAUUGACCGGGGCCUGUCUUGUAUAGUGAGGAUGUAUGAGGAUGAGAAAAACCCUGAUGUUAUUACUUACACUAGCUUAAUACACGGGCUAUGCGCUAGCAGAAGACCUAGUGAAGCAAUCUCUCGUUGGAAUGAAAUGAAGGGCAAAGAUUGCUAUCCAAAUAGAAUUACUUUCAUGGCACUUAUUCAGGGUCUUUGCAACUGUGGCUGGUCUAGUGAAGCCUUAGUUUAUUUUCGUGAGAUGGAAGAAAAGGAAAUGGAGCCUGAUUCAGCUGUUUACUUAUCCCUCGUAAGCUCUUUUCUGUCAAGUGAAAACAUCAGUGCCGGGUUUGGGAUAUUCAGAGAAAUGGUUCAUAAAGGAAGAUUUCCGGUUUCAGUAGAUAGGAACUAUCUGCUUGCAGUUGAUGCUACAAGUAAGUUUGUGGAAGACUCUAGGACGUCAUGCUAUCUUACUUGUCUAAUAAAAGACGGCAGAAUUCCAAUUCUAGCUGUUGUGAGUAGAAAAUGAGGCAAACACUUCUAAUUGAAACAGGGGAUACUUACCAAAAUUGGUUGCAGAGCUUUUCAUCUAAUGAUUUGGUAAAAGCUCAGUUUUGAAACCCAUAAGAAGGUAGCUCCUUGUUGCUUAUCUUGGUAUGAUGCCAUGGACCCAGCUCCUUACAAGGUUUCGCGAGUUAUUCUUGAUGAGACUAUACGCAGAGGUUCCGUAUAUCUGGAUCAGUAGUACUUCAUUGGCUCUUUAAGCUAUGAUUUAAACAAACCUGUUGCAGAAACUUCUGAUAUUCAACACCUGUUCUCAACGAGUUACUCAUAGUUCUGCCCACCGCAAUGUUCAAGCUCAUAUAGUUGCAUUUGGAUCCAAAUUGCAGAUGAAAUUCAAGAUAUUGACCUGAGAUGCAUGCCAGGAUUAGCCAGCUGGAUAAAGCAGUAAAAAAGCUUUUUGUCAAUGGAAUCCGGAGGUUAGCUUUGCGCUUUGUCUGUUUAGUUUUGUUAAAUUUCAUACUAAAUCUCUUUCAGUCAUCCAACCAUUGUAGAAAAUAACUCGGAAUCCACCAUUCUCUGUAUUUGUCUGUUAAUAAAAAAAUUUCUUUGUAAA